AUGACGGUUGUUCAUGAUUAUGGUUCCGUCGCCAACAUUAGCUUGAACAAUAUUAGUGAAGUGGUUCGUAGAAGAGGAGGUUCGAUCGGAAUGCGCCGAGGAGGAAGACAACGUCGAGAGGCUGAUGGCGAGAGACAUCAAGAAGUUGCACCGGAGGCUGGUCCGCAGUACCCGACAUUUCUCGAAGGACCGAGCGAUACUUCUAUUUUGACUCGGUAUCAGGAUCAUGUUGCCCGCCAUUUAUGGUUCGGCAAGGAGAGACGACCAAAGACAACCAUAAAGGUUGCUGCACAUGGGAGCAAAUUAAUAGGAUGUGUUCCGCAAAUGCUCCCAAGGGUGAUGAAUGAUUGGUUAGUUGCCUCUGGUCUUUCAUCUCUGCAGCAUACUAGUUUGUACAGAGUAGAUACGCAUCUUUUAUCUGCUUUUGUUGAGAGAUGGCAUCCUGAAACAUCGUCAUUUCAUAUGUCGUUCGGCGAGAUGACCAUUACGCUAGAUGAUGUUUCAUGUCUUCUUCAUAUACCUAUUAGGGGUGAGCUGGUUGACCCCGAUAUUGUUGUCACUGAUUAUGAUGUUAUCCAUCUAGCUGUAGAAUUGUUUGGUGUUUCAUUGAGUGAUGCAUCUAGGGAGGCUUCUUCCGUAAGGGGUCUUUAUUAUAAGUUGGAUUGGUUGAAACAAGUAUUUGAGCAACAAAGAGCUGCUGAUAACUUUAUAGGUGCUACCAGAGCCUACAUCAUGUUGCUGUUAGGUUGUAUUAUUCUUGCCGACAAAACGUUUACUCUUGUCGAGGCAAAAUAUCCUACCAUCCAAGAAGUCGCAUCUUUUGUGCGAUAUUUCUUCCAAUCAGUUGUGACAGGUGGCAACGGAAAUCCUUCAUUCAUGUUUAUCUGUAUAUAA